CUCUAGGCAGAGGCUUUUAAGUUUUAAUUUAAAAAUGGCUACAUUGAGGAUACUGCCAUGGAGAGUUCUAUCAACCCGUAGGCUCUUUCACUACAGAUCAGUUAGCUUCUACAGUGCGUGGGGAACCCGGCAGUACUGGAAAAAGUAUAGAAGGUCACUUUUUACUGUCUCGUCUCUUGUAGCAGCACUUCCAACCCUUUUUAAAGGACAAGGUAGGCAAUGGGUACAGCAGUCUCAGCCAGUUCUCUCUUCCACUGUCCCUUUUGAAACAAGUCGUGUAAUGUUACCUGACGAUACUAACCCAAUGGGUAAUGUUCACGGUGGCACAAUACUCAAACUGAUAGAGCAAGCUGGUCAUAUUGUAGCCACUAGACACUGCAAUCAGUCAAGAAAUGACAAGGACCCUCCUUCAUCUUUAUCUAGCAGUAUGACAUCAGUACUGGCAAGAGUAGAGCAUAUGGACUUUCAUAAUCCGAUAUACGUUGGUGAAGUUGCACAGGUUCAAGCAUUAGUGACCUAUACUUCCCCGCAUUCAAUGGAAGUGACAGUUGAUGUGUGGGCGGAGAACACUCUGACCGGUACAAGAAGGCAUACAAACUCUGCCCGACUCUGGUACGUCGCAAUAUCAAGUCAAGUUGGACCGUAUGAGGGUCAGUUUAAACCACUCCCCGUCCCUGAAUUGACUGGACUUACAGACGAGGAGUUAGCUGCUGGCCACAGCCGGUAUCAAUCCCAAAAAGCCUCUCGAGCGAAACCAACCAACUACAAGGGGAUAUCGAGACAAGAGAACGACCAUUAUGCCGAUGUACCGUGUUCCGUCCCUCACUCACGUACCACUCUCACUAAUAUAGUCCUACCGUCUGACUGCACUAGUUCCGGCCACUUGAUGGGUGGGGCCCUCAUGAAGAUGAUGGAUACAACUGCAGGUAUAGCUUCAGUGCGACAUUGCCGUACGCUAGCAGUCACAGCCUGUCUCGAUGCUAUUAACUUCUACAGUCCGAUAUUCAAUGGAGACUUGGUUUUUGUUACGGGCGAAGUCGUGUUCACGUCUUCAAAGUCUUUGGUUAUUCGUGUGUCCGUUGAGGCUGAAGGAUUGAGGUCUGGUGCUAGGAGAGUGACUAAUGAUGCUUAUUUCACUUUCGUGUCUCUUGGAAAGAAUGGUAAAGCAAUACCAGUCCCACCGCUUGUUCUAAAGACUCAAGAUGAGGUAGAGAGAUAUGAAGAGAUGAAGAUUUUGUACGAAGCAAAGAAGGCAGAAAGACUGAGGGAAAGAGAGGAAAAGCAGAAAAACAGUCAAGAAAAAUAGUUUAAUUUUUACAAUCUUUUUUUUUCUAUUAGCAAGAGCAAAAAA